AUGCCUCCAAGGAAAAAAUGGCUAUUGAAACUUUAUUUAUCAGCUGCAAAGGAAUCAAUUGGUAGUAUGCUUGCUCAGAAUAAUGAACUUGGAAAGGAACAGGCUGUUUACUAUUUAAGUAGAGUACCAACUGAUGUUGAAUGCAGAUAUUCUUCAAUUGAGAAGCUUUGUUUAUCUUUGUCUUAUUCAACCAUGAAAUUAAGGGUAUAUAUGCGGUCGGUUGAUGUCUACCUUCUUUGUCAAACUAAUGAGAUUAAAUAUAUGCUAUCAAGGCCAUUAAUCACUGGCCGAAUAGGUAAGUGGGCAUUGGCCUUGAUGGAAUUCAAUUUUAUUUUUGUCCCACAAAAAUCAGUUAAAGGAAGGGUUCUGGCUGAUUUCUUAGCCGAUCAUCCUUCAACUGAUAUUGAUCCACAGGUUUAUGAUAAACUAGAGUCAUCAGUCAUAUUCCUAACUCCUUGGAUAUUGAUGUUCGAUGGAUCAAGAACGGCUGAUGGAGCGAGGGCCGAGUAUGAAGCACUUAUAAUUGGCUUAGAAAUUUUAAUUGAAAUGGAUGUUGGUGAUGUAAAAUUCUUGGGAGAUUUAAACUUGGUACUUAGUCAAAUUACUGAAGAUUUCAAUGCUUAA